AUGGCGCCGGGGUCGGGAGAUGCCGAAGCCGGUGUAUCGGGGGCGAGCAUACUUGAUCUUGACGCACCAACCCUCGGAAACGUGCUCGCUCACCUCGACCCAGCCGAGAUAUGCAGGUUCUCGACCUUAUCCCGAUCGCUGCACCAGGCGGUGGAUGAGCACCUUUGGAGGCAGCUGUUUCAGCGGAUGUGGGACGAUCCCGUGUGGCCAGUGGAGUCAUACAGGGAACUCUUCAUGGACAGGUAUUAUGCGCUCGAGAACUUCGAUCAUUACACACGCGAACGGACUCCCGCCGGCGGCUGCAACGAGUUUGACAUUAGGUGUAGCGCAGGCAUUUUGGAGGAGUUGGCCGGCUGCUGUACAGUACUCGCUGCCGCUAUUAACGCAUCGAGACACCUCAACAGGACCGAGGAGACCAUUCGUGUGAACGAUAUGUUGGAGAAGACGUACGAAAUGUUCUGGAAGAUAGAUCAUUACACAGAGAGCAAUCUACGUCAUCGCGAGCUGCGACGUUUCAAUGGACCGUCCAUGGAGGAAAGACCAACGGACCUCGACCUGGACAAAGCUAUCGAACUAAAUAGAAAAGAAUGUCGCCAGGCGAUGUACGCAUCGAGCCUGUUGUUGAGUGCCCUCAUCACCAGGAGCGAAGUUGUGCGCGCGACUUUCCUCGAUAAGAAGUUCGAUUAUGAUAGUCAAGUGCUUUGGGCUGGGCAAAUGGGGUUGAUUAAGCAUCCUUAUCGGGCUAUGCGUUAUGGUGUUACCGAAGAGAAAGAACUGGACGCACGUCCUGUUAUCGGCUGGACGUGGGAUUUUCCUGUUUGUGAAAUGGAGACCAACGACGAUGCGUUAGCUGCGGCACUUGGGGGUGUGCCUCAAACACAGGCGCUUGACAACGCGACCGUGCCGAAAUUUCAUAAAUGGGAAAGGGUGCCUCCGAGCAUCGCCGUUGCUCUCUUCGUGGGGCCUCUAGCGCUGCUCGGCGAGCCUGGAAGGGAGUCGUAUCACGGUGUACCGCUACCAUCUCACCCGUACCUCACACCCGCUGAUCCAGUGCCGAGCGACGGCGACGAUCGUGUGCCGAUCAUCCCGAACAUGCCGGGCCGCGGCCCGUGGCCUCGCGGCGGGCGACCACCUCACGGCCAGAGGCUUCGACUGGAGAGAAUCGGCGAGCCCUCCACUGCGACGUCAAUGUCUGGAUCAUGGUUUGGAACGCGCCUCAGCAUAUCUGGAAAUAUGUCUUCUCGCGAUCCUUAUCGCUUCAGCGUUGACAGCGUUUUCCGAGCCACGCUGACGGUGACCCCUGAGGGUAAAGUUACCGGUUGGAUCAAGGACACUGUUGGAAACCUGACGCUUCGCGGCAAGGUUCACGUCGACUCCGAAGAACAAGAGGUGGUGCUGGACGGGACGUACACGGACUGCGGUGGUCUCCCUGGAGAGAUGUUCGGCUCUUUGCAGCACGGGAGGGCGCGGCUGAGGCUAUCCGGGUUUGCGAGCGCUACGUUGCUGGCUGGUGACUGGACGCAGUUCAGCGGCGGCCGCGAGACCCGAGGGGUAUUCUGCAUGUGGCCCAACGACGAAGGCAAGGACAGCAAGAAAGGGAUGAAGAGGACGAGAGGCGCUGCGCGUUAG